CGCCGACGCGCGAGUCCCCGCCCCCGGCCACCGCACAGCGGGGAGCGGCCGCCGCCGGGCCGGUCGCAGGGAGCCGCCGUCCGCCUCUGGCCCAACGUCCGCGCCAUGGAGACCCGCUACAACCUGAAGAGCCCGGCUGUCAAACGUUUAAUGAAGGAAGCAGCCGAAUUGAAGGAUCCUACAGAUCAUUACCAUGCACAGCCCUUGGAGGAUAAUCUUUUUGAAUGGCAUUUUACUGUUAGAGGCCCUCCAGAUUCAGAUUUUGAUGGAGGAAUUUAUCAUGGACGAAUAGUACUACCACCAGAGUAUCCCAUGAAACCCCCAAGCAUCAUUCUGUUAACAGCCAAUGGCAGGUUUGAAGUAGGGAAGAAAAUUUGUUUAAGCAUCUCAGGACAUCACCCUGAAACGUGGCAGCCUUCAUGGAGUAUAAGAACAGCUUUACUAGCCAUUAUUGGUUUUAUGCCAACCAAAGGAGAGGGAGCCAUAGGAUCCCUUGACUACACACCUGAGGAAAGAAGAGCACUUGCCAAGAAGUCACAGGAUUUCUGCUGUGAUAUAUGUGGCUCAGCAAUGAAGAUAAGCCUGUUACCAUUAACAUCAGGAAGUGCUUCAAGCCAGGCUGAUGAAGAGGCCAAGGAACUUGCCAGACAAAUUAGCUUCAAGGCUGAAAUCAAUUCAUCCAGAAAGUCUAUCACUGAAUCCCCAAACACAUCGGAAUUGAACCACUCUGCCACCUUACCUGAGCUGCGACAGGAUGGUAUAAGUAGAGCAUUCCAGAAUCCAACCACCAGUGCAAUGUCUGAAAUUCAGAACAACUCCACACCAUCUAAUCAAGAGCAUACUCAACCUGUAUCUAAUAAUAGCUCCAUGAGCCCGCGCCAGCGCCGUGCCCAGAGGCAGAGAAGAGUACCAUCUUCAACUAACUUCAAUCAGGUGCAGCAACCAAGAGUCAACACAAGCCACACUGGAUCAACUGUUUUGAUUGUCCUUCUGACUUUAGCAUUGGCAGCUCUUAUCUUCCGACGGGUAUAUCUGGCCAAUGACUAUACAUUUGAGUUAUAAGGUUUUCUCUGUCUUACGAGCAGUGACUUGAAUGCUUCAUUAAACAUUCUGUAUUGAGUAUGCUAUGAGAACUGUUUACAGAAGAUUACUUUUUUAUUUACUCUUUUAAGUCUUUACGAAUGUUAAUAUACCUUUAGGUACAUUGCUUUGUAAGUAGGACAAAUGUUGACAUUUCUAUGAAUACUAACAACUGUUAAUGAUCCAUGAACACCCCACUGGAUACUUAGAGAAACAAUUUGGUUGAAUAUGAAUAAUAUGUAAAGGGUGGGGGAAAGAAAGUAUCAUUUGUGGCUACCUUAUUUACUGAUAAAAGGAGGCAAUUAAAACAGAAAGGGGUUUUAGACUUUUUCUCUGUGGAACAUGGGUGCAGAUAGUCACCCAUAUCUGAGUGAGUAUAAAAAUUUACGUUGGAGAAGGUCUUUUAAAAUGAAACGCAGUGUCUAUGUGUUGCGUUGUGUGUGCUCUUAAUUCUGAGGAGGAUAAUAUUUUGUAACCACUUUUAUUUACAAUAAGACAAUUCUAAAAAAAUGCAUGAAAUGUUGGUUCUGAGACUGUGCUCUCUGUGGAAAAAAGGGGCCAGAAAAUUGUUUCCUUUAUUUUUUGUUUUUAAAUUUUUUUGGAAGUUAGAUUGGAUAAUCUUUUCCAAGAUUUGAAUGUCGUCUUCUAAUACUCUCAAUUGUAUAUCUUGCUUUUUUAAAUUUGAAGAUUAUAUAAAACAUCUAUUAUUGCAAUAGUUAUAAAUAUGUAAUAUAAUUAUUUACCCAGAGCUAUUGUCUUUUAAUUAUUCCAGAAAUAUACAUAAUGCAUUACAUUGAAUGUUUCAUAUGUGCUGUUAUUUGCUAAAAAAAAUCUAAAUAUUUUCAUGCUUAAACUCUGCUUUGCAUGGGCAAGCUUGAUGGAAGCUUUCAUGAAACCCUUGGCUCUAAUGAAUUAUCGCAAUUCAAGCCUCAUUUACACAAUAUUUUUUCUUGCACUUCAUUGCAAUACUUCAAGCAAAGUUUAAAAUUUGAAAGUUUUUAAAUAUCUUUCCAGCAUAUCAAGAUUACAGCAUUCAUGUGUAUAUCCCUAUUUAUUCAUUGUAGGUGCUGGCACUUCAGGUAGGGGUAGGGUUGCCAAUCCUCCAGGAUUGUCCUGGAGUCUCCAGGAAUUAAAGAUUAGUCUUUAAUUAAAGAUUGUCAUGUGAUGACACCUCCAGGAACAUGUGCAACCACAGUUGGCAACCCUAGAUACCCUAGAUUAUUAGUGCCCUCUGUGCUGAUCUUGAAUUUAUUUAGCCAUAAAGAACAAGUUCAAUGGGAUAAUCAUUUCCCCAUUAUCUGACUAUAUCGAUAAUUAAGAGAAUCUACCAUUGCUCAUUUAAGACUCAACAGAACCUCAGUAAUUUUCACUUUACUAGUGGCGACUAUGAUAGCUCUCACUAAAGCCAGACUGUCCCACCCUACUUCUUAGCAAAGAUAAGAAUGUUGUAGUCAGCUCUCAUAUUAACAUUACAAAAUAUACUACAUGCUAAUGUACUCCUAAGCAUUAUAAAUAAGUAAAAUUUUACACUUGUGAAAAUUAAUAGACAAAUUACAUAUUUUAUGUAGUGCCCUGGUGUGUGUGUGUAUGUUUAAUUUAUUCACUUGCUAACUUGCAAAAUUCAGAAAUGGAUUCCCAGUGGUUAUUUUGAAUUAGUGCUGCUCUGCUGUACAUACAAACAGGAUGUAUGUACAUCAAAGCAUCUUAGUUUAAUUAAACAUUUACAAUAAAACUAUAUAGCAUGUCUGGAUAGAUCCGCAGUUAUUUAAAUCUUGCAUUGUCUUCAAGUCUGGAAGGAGGACAAUCUGGUUUCCUAUGGUGAAAUUAAUAAAAGUAUUUUUCCCCAAUAAGUAUAUUAGUUUUGGUAGGAAUACGGUAUAUUUAAAAUCUAUAGACCCCAUAUUCCUGAAAUAAAAAGUUGUUUUUUCCUUGUUGGUACAUUGUUUGAAUGCACUUGUUGUUCACGUUUGCAAACCUGGGCCCAGAUCAUCCUUUCCCUUAGGAGAGGGCUCUAAAGAAAAAACCUUCAGUAGGAUACCCUUGCAGAGUUUCUUCCUGAUGGUACCUCUGAGAGAUUUGCUGUCACCUUGCAGAACAGGCCCUGAGGUCCACCUUCAAACCUAGCAAAUUCUCAGGGAUACAUCCAUCAACCAAAUUCUGCUCUUGCCCUUUUGCA